AUGAUCGAGAGUAAACCAGUUUUUGCUGAUAAGUGGGCAUGGCCAGAUGAGAUCCAUCACCUGACGCUUUAUGACGCCAAUCUCGAAUUCAAAAUCACGAAGCAGUGUGAUACCGGUCACGUGAUAGAAAAUUCUACUGUUUGA